AAAUUCACAUCGAUGAUGAUAAGGAAAAUGUGAACAAUAAUGAUAAUAAAAUAGUGGAUAAUAAAAUUAAAAAUAUACCAGACAAUAAUAAUAUCGAUAUAGCGGAUAAUGAUGAUUAUGUAGCAGUGAAUAAUAAUGUUGAUAAUAAUGCAAUAGCGAUUCCUAUCAAUAACGCAGAAAAUAAUGCAGAUAAUGAGUGA